UUAACCCUUAUGGACGGUAGUCGGUAGAAAUAAAAAAGGGCCCAAAAGAGAAAGAAAAGUCCAAAGCGGGCGCUGCAGAAUCAGGUUUGUUCUUUCCCCUCUUUCUAGAUUGAGAUCUCAGGUUUCCUUUACUGAAGUUCUGUUUCAUGUAUGUAUGAUUCAAUCACACUUCCCAAGGCUUAUCCAACCCCUCCUUCUCUUGUUCCAUCUGACCAAACUAAAUGUCUUCAAUAACUUGUCAGUGCUCUUGGCUGCUUUCCAAUGAUGCCAGACAUGCCAAUUUUGCUCAAAUCCCUUCAUGGGUCUCUUUGAAAAGCACUCAUUCUUCAUUCAGGACCCAUCAAAAUCAACAAGGCCAAGUUGAAAACUUGCAUUUGAUUUCUUUAGCCAAACAGGGGAAGCUUAGACAAGUGCACGAAUUCAUUAGAAACAUGGACAUAGCCGGGAUUUCCAUUAAUCCCCGAUCAUACGAAUACCUCUUUAAAAUGUGUGGAACAUUGGGUGCAUUGUCUGAUGGAAAAUUGUUUCAUAAUAGACUGCAGAGAAUGGCCAAUAGCAAUAAGUUCAUUGAUAAUUGCAUCCUUCAAAUGUAUUGCGACUGUAAGAGUUUCACAGCUGCAGAGAGAUUCUUUGAUAAAAUAGUUGAUCGGGAUUUGUCCUCUUGGGCCACCAUUAUAUCUGCUUACACUGAGGAAGGACGUAUAGACGAAGCUGUUGGAUUGUUCUUGCGUAUGCUGGAUUUGGGGAUUAUACCAAACUUCUCUAUCUUCAGUACUCUUAUAAUGUCAUUUGCAGAUCCUUCAAUGUUAGACCUUGGCAAACAGAUACAUUCUCAGCUGAUAAGGAUUGAGUUUGCUGCUGAUAUUUCUAUUGAGACAUUAAUCUCCAAUAUGUAUGUAAAGUGUGGGUGGUUGGAUGGUGCUGAAGUGGCCACCAAUAAGAUGACUAGGAAAAGUGCUGUGGCUUGCACUGGGUUGAUGGUGGGCUAUACUCAAGCUGCAAGGAACAGGGAUGCUCUGUUGUUAUUUUCCAAGAUGAUAAGUGAAGGUGUAGAGUUGGAUGGGUUUGUUUUUUCAAUAAUUCUCAAGGCUUGUGCUGCUUUAGGAGACUUAUACACUGGAAAGCAAAUUCAUAGUUACUGUAUAAAACUUGGCUUGGAAUCCGAGGUCUCCGUUGGUACUCCACUAGUGGAUUUUUAUGUUAAGUGUGCAAGGUUUGAAGCUGCGCGUCAAGCAUUUGAGAGCAUACAUGAACCAAAUGAUUUCUCAUGGAGUGCUUUAAUCGCUGGAUAUUGCCAAAGUGGUAAAUUUGACAGGGCUCUUGAGGUUUUUAAGACAAUAAGAAGUAAAGGAGUGUUAUUGAAUUCAUUCAUCUAUAACAACAUUUUCCAAGCAUGCUCUGCUGUCUCAGAUUUGAUUUGCGGUGCUCAAAUCCAUGCAGAUGCAAUAAAGAAGGGGCUAGUUGCAUACCUCUCUGGGGAGAGUGCUAUGAUCACUAUGUACUCAAAAUGCGGCAAAGUGGACUAUGCACAUCAAGCAUUUUUGGCAAUAGAUAAACCUGAUACUGUUGCAUGGACUGCAAUAAUAUGUGCUCAUGCUUACCAUGGCAAAGCUUCUGAAGCUUUAAGGCUUUUUAAAGAGAUGCAGGGGUCUGGUGUAAGGCCAAAUGUGGUCACUUUCAUAGGUUUGUUAAAUGCUUGCAGUCAUUCAGGUUUAGUUAAAGAGGGAAAGCAGUUUUUGGAUUCAAUGACUGACAAAUAUGGUGUGAACCCAACAAUUGAUCAUUACAAUUGCAUGAUUGAUAUAUACUCUCGUGCUGGACUGCUGCUGGAGGCUCUUGAGGUGAUAAGGAGUAUGCCAUUUGAGCCUGAUGUUAUGAGUUGGAAGAGUUUAUUAGGAGGAUGUUGGAGCCGGCGGAAUCUUGAGAUUGGGAUGAUUGCUGCUGACAACAUCUUUCGCCUGGACCCACUAGACUCUGCUACUUAUGUGAUCAUGUUCAACUUGUAUGCUUUGGCUGGGAAGUGGGAUGAAGCAGCACAAUUUAGAAAGAUGAUGGCUGAAAGGAACUUGAGGAAGGAAGUCAGUUGCAGCUGGAUUAUUGUGAAGGGUAAAGUCCACCGUUUUGUGGUAGGUGAUAGACACCACCCUCAAACAGAACAAAUAUACUCAAAAUUAAAAGAACUCAAUGUUUCUUUCAAAAAGGGUGAGGAGCGCCUUCUCAAUGAAGAAAAUGCUCUAUGUGACUUUACUGAACGAAAAGAUCAACUUCUUGAUCAUAGUGAAAGACUAGCUAUAGCCUAUGGUCUCAUAUGCACUGCAGCUGAUACCCCCAUUAUGGUAUUCAAAAAUACACGAUCAUGCAAAGACUGCCAUGAAUUUGCAAAAAGAGUCUCAGUAGUAACUGGUCGUGAAUUAGUUGUGAGAGAUGGCAACAGGUUUCAUCAUAUUAAUUCAGGGGAAUGUUCUUGCCGUGAUUAUUGGUGAUCUUAACUUCGUUCUUUUCAAGGCCUCAGCAGCUUGGUUUUCUUAAUGCUGCCUCAGUUACAGUGUUGAAUCAUCUAUAAUUCUAUAUAUAUACACAAUUGGAUAUGCAGACCUUUUGUUGGGUAACUGUAUCAUAAACCAAUGCUUGGUGCGGAUCACAUUUUUCCAUAGUCUUAAAUUUCCACUUUGGUCCACAUAGCAACUUCACCUCAGUCAGUCUAGUCACUCCCUCCUCUUUCUGGUGCCUUGCAAUUUCUACAACUGUGCCCUUUGGUACACAAACUCCUAACCAAAGUUUCCCAUUUCUGUGCUUUCAA